AUGCCGCCCCGUGCCUUCAUAGAAGAAGAGUUUGACGACGAUACUGAUCUUCCACUCCCUACUCAUUCACUGCCUAAUACCGGCACCCGUGGUCCACUCCUGCAGGAGAUCGACUCCGAAGAGGAUGAAGAUGUUGCGGACGAGGACGAUGAGGAGGAGUAUGAUCCCAGGGAAGAAGUCAUCGCGAGCGGGAGUGGCAGCCGGACCUCUGUGCCUGCGCAACAGCAGUCUGGGAAAGGUCCGUUGAUGAACAGGGAGACGACGAAGACAUGGACAACACUCUACCCGAUAUACAUCGACGCAAAGCGUCCUCUUCACAAGAAUGAGAGAAGGAUACCCCGCGCUAAAUCUGUAUGGUGGCCUCUGAGCUCCGAUAUGGGUGAAGCUUGCGCACGACUCGGGUUUAACACUUUACAUGAUCAAGGGAAACGACACCCAAAAGACUGGGAAAACCCAGGCCGAGUCAAAGUACAGUUCAAGAAGGACGGCAGGCUCGUCAAUCCGUCCAUACCAACCAAAAAGAAGCUCCUUCUCCACGUUGCCGCCUACGUCCAGUCCAAGCGACCUCAGUUCGUGCCGACUCCGGAAUCCCUCGUUCCGCGUAAGAACGCCAGAGGGAUGACCAAAGUGCCUCUCCCUCCCUCACCCGCACCGGCGAUCCCCCAGCGGCUGCCGGCCAAUUCGCCCAUCGUAGAGACGGGCAUGUUGGUAGAGAGCAUGAAACAAACUUUAGCGAAUGAGAAAACUCAGCAGGCGCAAGCGCAGGUAGAGGGUACCGGAGGAAAGGGGAAGAGGAAGGUCAUUAGGGUGCGGGCAUAG